GGCAGCUGCAUACUCAGAAGAAGUUGGUUAACCUUUUCAUUGUUACUUAUUCAGCGUAUAAAAAUGAGUGUUUUAAAAUUGAUGCUCGUGUUAGUUUUGCUAAGUUUAUCGCAGGCUUAUAAUCACUUCGCUCUUACAGACUGCAGUUCUAACAGCAACAGUUUACUGACAAUAAACGGACAUCUACUGGAAUAUCCGAUUGAAAUACCGGGUCAUGUCCGAGUCUCAAGCACAGUAGACAUCCACAGACCAAUCAGAGCCGGACAUUUGAGACUGGAUGCUACAAUACAGAAAUGGAUAGUUUUUGAUUACUUCACUCUGCCAUGUAUUUCCUGGGUUGGAAGCUGCUCGUAUGACGUCUGUGACCUACUGUCUUGGUUUGAUGACCGUGGUUGUCCUUGGCAGCUGGAGUCCAAUAAUUUUCCAUGCACUUGCCCGUUUAACAAUGGGACAUACACUCUUGAUCCACAUCCGUUUUACAUACCGGAAGUAAGAGGACCCUGGCAAUGGAUAGCUUAUGGUGAUUUCCGUGUGAUAGGCAGUCUUAUUGAUGAAGACACCUCAGAGGAAGUAGCUUGUUACAGUUUGGAAUUCGCAGUUGAGAUUGCCCCGACCUCCUGGGGCUGGUGGUAGACACACGAUAACAUGUUCUGAUAGCCGCAGUUGACAUUUAAUUGUUUGACGAUGCAUUUCGACACAAUGACUUUGAACGUGAUGGUAUAAGUUUAAUGACAAAGUUUAAGUCGGGGAUAGAAUUUGAACCAGUACCGACACUGUGGCGGAAUCUAAAGUAACAACACUUUGAUUUAUCUACAUUAUUAAGGUAAUGGACCCGUAAUAGUGUACCCCCUUUUUGAAGAGUAUUCAAUUCCUAUUAUAAACCUACUUUGACUAAUUUUUCAGGAGGGCGUACGUUCAUGCCCCACUAGGAUCAAACUUUUUUCUUUAUAUUUCUUUUUUCUAGUAAGUUUUUGAAGACUUAUUAUUGAUUUAGUGUACAAAAGCGGAUUUUUUUUCAUUUGAUAAGCCAUUUCUUGCUGUUUAAGGUAAAUUUUACCUCUGAUACAGACGGGUGCAGGGUUAGACAUCUUUGAAAAUACUGGGUUACAUGCGGUAAAAGUUCUUUAUUUUGCCAUUACUUUUUAGUUUACAUAUUGUGGAAGAAAGGUAGGUAUGUUAACUUUAAGACUGUAUCAAGUUAAUGCAAUUUUUUAAACAUUAUUAUUACGGGUCAACUACCUUAACUUACAAUGAUUGAAUUAUUAUUGCAGUUUAAAAAGAAUUAACCUGGUUGCAGCGGUUGUGUUUUUAAAUCUGUCAGGAUUGAAAAUAAUUAAUUAAGGUGUCUAUGUACACAAUUUUCACACUAUUUAUGACACUUUAUAUAUGAAUGGCUUCUCAUAAGUUAUUUAUCGUAGAAGCAGCCGAUUCAAGAUUCCUGUAAAGGCUUAGGAUAAACAUAAGACUGCUAAAUUUCUUCACAUUUGUGUUGCAUUUUUUAUGUUCUGUAUAUGUUAUAUUGUAUAGAAUGAAUUUCUGUUGAUCAUUUUGAUAGCUGGAAUUAUGAAUAUAUAUACUUUGCC